AUGCUCGAAGUCAUCUCCUAUAUACCGCAGCCUCCUAUGAAGUCAUCUCGACCUCCCUCCCCUCACUCGCCAAACCUCUUUGAAUUCGAUUACAAAAUGGGCAGCAACCAAUCAGUCCGGGCCACGCACUUCCAACGACCUCGGGAGCACCCGCCGGUACCUAAAGAAAGUUCAGAAGAAGAAAACAGAAUCAGCAUAUCAAAUAAAAUGGUGGAGAGGCUCGUUGAAGAUGCGACAUUAACACGCGGAACAAACUUAAAGUUGACAAAAGCGAAAGAGGAUUACAAAGACAUGAUAUACAUGGAAAAACUAAAAUGCUUGGAUGACAAUCAUUCGGAAAGAUUUGGUAUAACAGUUGACAAUAUGAACGCUUUGGUUAACCGGGUGGAGGUUCGUACGGCGAAUAUGGUGAGCGUCGAGCCGGUGUGUGCUGACAUUAAAAAGAAACUCAUUGACUGUUAUGACAACGCGUCCAAUGAUGACGUCAUCAAAUGUUGGGAUACCAUUGGUGCGUUCUCUCAAUGCGUUCAAGACGCGGGUGUUCGUCGUCUGUACGAACGCUCUGAACGCGACGCUCGUGACAACGCUCGCCGAUCACGACACGUCCAACACGCAAGACAUCACGCGCUAAAAGACAUCUAA